AUGAACUCCCAUCUCUUCUUCGAGCAAGGUGCUUCUUCUGACAACGCCAACUUCCAGUACCCGCGCACAGCGGCACAGUACUAUAUUCCGGAUGAUACCAAGGCUUUUGGUGUUUCUGAAACGUCUUUUACUUGCAACGAAUUGACCGGCAGUAUUUCUGGGCUCGGCGCACUAGUGAGGGACGACAACUAUCUGCUUGGUCUACCUUCCUCUGUCAACUACCAGAGCGCAAUGCUCGGCACGGGGUCGGGUGACACUUCAGACGAAGCUCUCAUGAAUAUCUCGUCUAUCCAAGAGGCGUUGGCCGACUUCUGGACUGAGUUUGGAGCCCCUCAGUCUACCCCCGAUGAUGCCCUGGGGAUAUCGCGGCCAUAUGAAGGCACUUCCGGGCUCAUGGGCACUCCUGCUGUUCCGUCUCCUGGGCAGCUCAUUCUGUCGGCGCUUCCAUUGCCUGAGGGUGCUGAACGGGCACCAAACGCGGGCGCACAGAUAUACCAGUCUCCUCCGACUCGGUUCGACUUUGCGGCCGUCUCGCGUACCCAGCAAAGGCGAAUUCGGCGAGGAGAUCUGCGCUCGGCGCCUUACCCAUCGACACAAUCCCUCGACUUCCAUUCUCUUGGGGAUACUUCGUCUUCCACUGGCAGUUUCCCGCUGGACGGUUCUGCUAUUGUCAUGCCUCCUCCGCCACCCAUCGCACAGCCCUCCCACAGGCAAUCCGCUGGCCCCUUGGCGCGUACGCCCUCCCUUACGAACUCGGUCUCUACCCAUAGUUCUCCGGAGUCAUUCUAUGACGACCUCAUGUCGAGCAGCCCUAUAUUUCUGUCGAGACCACCGUCGGUCGCUACGGGCCAUGGGGGAUUCCCGCCACUUCCGGAGGGUACGACCCAGCAGUCCUAUCGCGAUCACGUUCAGGACUUUGCGGGACCUUCUUCUCUACCAGUUGCGCAGGACUUUAUGCAUCCCACCAAAGUUCCUGUGGUACUCGGCUGGAAUCCUGAGGAAGAAUAUGUUGGACCCUCUUCGUCAACCUUCUCAGUCUCAGCUCAUCCCACCCCCUUCAGUGGUGAUAUGGCCCAUAGCUCUCGCUCGACGCCCGUCGAUGGGCAAGGACGUGCUAACACAUACUAUCCCUCUCCUGCAGUCGGGCGUACGCCUUUGACCAGCCCUGUCGACCCUAGCCCUGACUGCUACGCCAUCGCUGCAACCCUCCUGACUACUCCGGCCCCACGGUGCCAAUGGUACGGAUGUGGAGAGAUGCUACCCGACGACAUCGACGGUGCCAUUGCCCACAUAAUGGAUUGCCACGUCGAGGGCAAGGACCAUGUGCGCUGCCAAUACGGCAAGUGCCGCAAACUGCUCAAACGUUCGGGCGUAAGGCGUCACCUUGCAUCGAAGGGGCAUUUGGACAAGAAGCUGGCAUGUCCGCGCUGCGGGUUGGUACUUUGCGGACGGCUAGACGCUCUCAGGCGACACCUCGGGACCGCGUGCCUGAAAUGUUCGCGGUGUAGUCAAACCUUCCCCUCAAAGCAGGACUUCGAUGGGCACGUCUGUUCGAGGCACUCUAAGACCGGCGGAGGGCUUUCGAGGCAUUGA